GGCAAAUGCAGCUAAUGCCACAAGAAUAGCACAAAGAACUAAAGAAAAGCUGCAUUUAGUUAAGAGUGACAAACAAACCUACACUACAAAAUCCUCUAUUUUCCACUUUCUCUCUGCUGAUUGCGCAUCUGCACAAAACACCACCUCCCACUUGUAUUGCCUUCUUUCCCCAUAAAUAUCCGACCCCAUUAACCCCUCACUUGAUGUCGCAGUAAAUGCCUCUCUGAUCACUGUCUGUUUGUACGGUCCUUUCUUCAACUACCUCCAUUAUGUACACCUCUUUCAUUUAAUAAUAUCACACACACACGGCAUUCAUAGUAGAAUAACAACAUUACUGUUGCUGUUGCUGUCUUCUUAGCUUUAAAUCUCAGUUCCUCUUCUGAAGGUUUUAUCUUGUCUCUUGCUUUGCUUAUUUGCAUCCUCUACCAUUGACUUCGAAGUUUUUUCCUCCCUGGGUUGUUUGUUCUUUGUUUUUCUCAAAAGAAUCUUUACUUCAUUCUUCGGAUCAUUAACUUCACUUGUUUCUUCAUUUUCUAUUGCUUUGGCCCUGGGUUUUUGACAAGUUUGCUCAACUGUUUGGCGGUUUUACGGAAAGUGCUUUUUUUUUACUAGAAUUUCUUGAGUUUCCCUUGUCAUUUAGUUGAGAUUUCAGCUUUAUUGAUUCCUGGGUUUCCUUGAAUUUGGUUCAUUAAGAGAAGUCAGUAACGGUUUGAUGAGUUUUAGGUACGGCCAAAGCAUAUUUGAAGUCCUAAAUUUUACUGAAUUCUCUUCUUGGGCUCGUUUGGAUUCGAGAAAAACUUUAAUUUUUUAGGUUUGGUUAUUAGCAGAGUUAUCUUUUAAUGGUUCUGCUUCUGUAUCACUUGCAUUCAUUAGUCUUCUUGGGGUUUUCUUCACCUCAGUGAAACUUAAAGUCUGGUGCUUGAAAUUAGUCCUCAAUGGCGUGGUCAAACUGGCUGCUCAUACUAUAUCUUUCAUGGGCUUUCCUUAUCCCUCAAACCCAUGAACUACAAACCUAUCAGGCUCAACUUCUACUACAGCUGAGGAAGCAUUUGGAGUACCCUUCGCAAUUGGAUACUUGGGAAAGUUACAAUGGAGACCUCUGCAACCUGUCUUCAACUUUAUAUAUGGGAAUCGUUUGCGAGGACAAUGUUAUUACUGAGCUCAAAAUUAAGGGAGAUAAGGUUGUCAAGGUUCGCGAGUUCAAAGGGUUUGCAAUUCCUAAUCAGACUUUAUCUGAGAGUUUCUCGAUCGAUUCUUUUGUUACUGCACUGACAAGAUUAAGCAGCAUGAGGGUUGUUAGCUUAGUGUCUUUGGGGAUAUGGGGGCCACUUCCUGAUAAGAUUCAUAGGCUAUAUUCACUUGAAUUUUUGGACUUAAGCUCGAAUUUUUUGUUUGGUUCAGUUCCCCCUCAGCUGUCAAGAAUGGUUAAACUUAAUUCUUUAACAUUAGAUGGCAAUUAUUUCAAUGGAUCUCUCCCUGAUUGGCUGGAUUCUUUGUCUAAUCUCACUGUUCUGAGCUUGAGAAAUAACCGGUUUAAGGGUAUGUUUCCCUCUUCAAUAUGCAGAAUCAUAACAUUAAGUGAUAUUGCGUUGUGUCACAAUCAGCUUACUGGUAAAUUGCCUGAUUUGAGUACCUUAACUAGCCUGCAUGUGUUGGAUUUAAGAGAAAACAAACUAGAUUCUGAAUUACCUGCGAUGCCUAAAGGGCUGAUAACAAUUCUCCUAAGCAAUAAUUCCUUCUCAGGAAAAAUUCCUGCUCAGUUUGGUAAUUUGAGCCAGCUUCAACAUCUUGAUUUGUCCUUAAAUCAUCUGAGUGGAACACCUCCAUCUUCCUUGUUCUCUUUGCCAAACAUUAGGUAUUUGAACUUAGCUUCCAACAUGCUCAAUGGAUCCCUUCCUAACCAUCUUAGUUGUGGUGGCAACCUGGGGUUUGUCGAUAUCUCUACAAACAAGUUCAUCGGUGGACUUCCCUCUUGCUUGGGCAGUAUGUCAAAUGAGAGAGAGGUAAAAUUUGGUGGGAAUUGUUUAUCCACUGUCUCCCAAAAUCAGCAUCAAAUGUCUUACUGUGAGGCCGCCAAUAUAGAGUCAAAGCAAUCAAGAGGUAGAAUGGUAGGAAUAUUAGUUGCAGUGGUUACUGGAACAGUUCUUGUUUUGGUGCUUUUGGCAUUAGGGGUUCUGUUUUUGUGCAGAAGAUAUCGUUCCAGAAGAACAUUUGAACAGAAUAUAUUUCCUAAGGUUGUGCAAGAUAAUUCAACCACUGGAGUUUCCUCUGAAGUCCUUGCAAAUGCCAGAUUCAUUUCUCAAGCAGCCAAGCUAGGCACACAAGGUGCCCCUGUGUGCCGUGUGUUUUCCUUGGAAGAGUUGAUGGAAGCCACAAACAACUUUGAUUCAUCAACAUUUAUGGGUGAAGGCUCCAAUGGAAAGAUUUACAAAGGAAGUUUGGAGAAUGGAACCUAUGUUGCUAUACGGUCUCUGGCUUUGUUAAAGAAACAUUCAAUCCAAAAUCUUAAAGUUCGGCUGGAUUUACUUUCAAAGCUUCAUCAUCCACAUUUGGUUUGUCUUUUGGGUUAUUGCAUUGACAGCAGUGAACAAGAUGAUUCUAGUGGCAUCAAAGUCUUCCUUGUCUAUGAAUAUGUGCCUAAUGGAAAUUAUCAUGCCCAUCUUUCAGACGCUUGCCCAGAGAAAGUCCUUAAGUGGGCUGACAGACUGAUGAUUCUUAUUGAUGUUGCUAAGGCUGUCCAUUUUCUACAUACUGGGGUGAUACCUGGUGCUUUUAACAAUCGACUGAAGACAAAUAAUAUAUUGCUUGAUGAGCAUCGAAUUGCAAAACUGAGAGACUAUGGCAUGGCUGUAAUCACAGGAGAAAUUGGAAAAACUGAGGGAAAGGGAGAGACCCCAAAAUCACGACAUAGGACAAACUUAGAGGAUGAUGUUUACAACUUUGGGUUUAUAUUACUCGAAUCACUUGUUGGUCCUAUAGUAACUGGAAAAGGAGAAGCAUUUCUGCUGAAUGAAAUGGCAUCGUUUGGCAGCCAGGAUGGUCGAAGACGUAUUGUGGACCCAAUUGUUUUAAGCACAUGCUCACAGGAGUCAUUAGCAAUUGUGGUUUCUAUCACAAGUAAAUGCAUAUCUCCUGAGCCUUCAACUCGUCCUUCUUUUGAAGACGUUCUCUGGAACUUGCAGUAUGCAGCUCAAGUCCAGGCUGCAGCUGAUUGCGAUCAAAAAUCAGAUUCUACAUCACAGUCAUAAGUUGGUUCAGAUUAUAAUCCUCCAGCAACAAUCUGGAUUAGGAAACAAAUCCAUGCGUGAGGGGCAUUAUAAGCUUAUAACCACAUGAGGUAGCAUACAUUUGGGCAGCUUAUGUGAUUGAAGUACAAAAUGUAAAGUUGUAAAUGUCAUAUUUGAUUUUUUGACGUUAAGCUUAGCUAAGCUUUUGAUAUGAUAAGAGUUUGUUUGAUAUACUUGAUAAAGAGGAAUUCUAGAGCGUAAA